CCGGGUUGAUCUCAAGGGUGCGCAACAGGCACUGCCGGGGUGCAUAAGUCUCACCCCCACCCGCGCCUUUUCCAACCAAGUCUUUCUCUCCCCAUCCAUCCAUUCAGUUACCACAACUUCAAAGCCAUCUUCUCAUACUACCACACUCUUCCAAUCUCUUCAACCAACUUCAUCCCUUCAUCAAUAUGACUGGACGCGGCAAAGGCGGCAAGGGUCUCGGCAAGGGCGGUGCCAAACGCCACCGAAAGAUUCUUCGUGACAACAUCCAAGGUAUCACCAAGCCCGCCAUUCGACGUCUCGCUCGUCGUGGUGGUGUCAAGCGUAUCUCGGCCAUGAUCUACGAAGAGACCCGUGGUGUCCUCAAGACCUUCCUGGAAGGUGUCAUCCGUGACGCUGUCACAUACACUGAACACGCCAAACGAAAGACUGUCACCUCGCUGGAUGUUGUCUACGCUCUCAAGAGACAAGGCCGCACUCUCUACGGCUUCGGUGGUUAAGCGCUUCAUCAAUCAUACUCCUACUUGUUACGACACUGCCUUGGGUUUCUCGUGUCUGUCAUGGUUCAUGACGCGCCACCCAAUCCUUUUUUGCUUUGAGUUUCGGAGUGGUUGGGCAUUCAAAUGGGUUUUGAUCAAUGGGGUUGUGUAAGGGUCAUGGUUAUGAUGGGAUGGCAAAUCAAUCAGUGGUGCCUUCAGUGCAAUGAUGUAUCAUACAGGCACAAUAUGAGCAGCCUGCUUCGGCGUUCGACAGAUGGGCUGAGCCAUGACAUAAGCAUCAGCACCCAGACAUGAAAUAAACACUUCAAAGCAUUGUGUUCCAGUAA